GUCGAAGUCAUCGUGUUAGCACAGUCGGCGGGGGCUUGCUAAUGGCCCGCGCUCGUCGCACGUCUUGGUCUGUGAUGAGGGGCCGGCGCUAUUAAUCAAUGACUCUCACCAGAUAUGUUUCUGGAUGAACCCCUCCCGGGCCUGUGUUGAGCGGUGAUAAAAGAGACGCAGGCCGCCCGAAUCUUGUUGAGCCAGGAUGUGUGGACCAUUGCAUCUUUCACCUAGCCCUCUAAUAUAUCAGACUCAGCAAGGACUAUCGAAACAUAGAUAUAUCCGACUUUUCCCAGCUUCACACCAAAGAAUCCGCAUAUCAUGACUACCAUCAAGAAGGUCGCAAUUGCUGGUGCCAAUGGCGCACUUGGCAAGCCUCUUUUCGACGCGCUCGUCAAGGCGGGCUUCGAAGUGACCGUCCUAGCUCGCAGCGCGGGCAAGAUCCCCACACUUCCACCAACAGCAACGGAGACCGUUGUCGACUUCGCUUCACCCGACUCCCUCGUCGCCGCCCUCAAGGGCCACGACGCUGUCGUCUCCGCGCUGGGCUCCCAGCCGGGAACAGCACAAGCACAGAAGGCACUCGCCCAGGCUUCCGCAGACAGCGGCGUCAAGCGCUUCAUCCCCUCCGACUUCGGUAGCAACCUUGACAACCCAGAGGUCCGCAAGCUCGCCGUCUUCAAGGACAAGAUCGAGCUCCGUGACGAGCUAGUCAGGCUUUCCAGGGAGACAAAGCUGACUUGGACAAGCGUGAGCAACAACGCCUUCCUCGACUGGGGCCUGGAGAACAAGUUUUUACUCGACCCUGUAGAAGGUAAGGCUACGCUCUGGGACGGUGGCGAGAACCUCAUCUCGGUCACUCGUUUGGCUGCUGUGGGUCAGGCUGUCGUCGGUGUCCUCAAGCACCCGGAUGAAACGGCAAACCGCACCGUUUUCGUGCAAGAAGCCGCUGUGUCUCUCAAGAGGCUGGUCGAAAUCGCCAAGGAAAACACACCCGGCAAGACAUGGACGGUUGUGGAGGGUAGCACCGAGGACGUCGUGAAAAAGUCCAAUGAGGCGCUAUCCAAGGGCAUUUUCGAGGCCUGGGUGUUCGUCAGCCUCAUCUUCCGGGCGGCAUUCUCAAAUGUCACUGGGGCUCACUUUGCGAACAAUGACAAUUCCCUGCUUGGUGUACAUGAACUCUCCGAGGCGGAACUCAAGGCCGUGGUCAAGGAAAUCCUGGCAGGCAUACCCGGGGCAAAUUAGGUCGAGAUGCUCAAGUGCCGG